AUGACCUCAUCAUCAUCGUCGCAAGCCAGCGCGCGCCACUCACCGCUCGGUCACGACCCCGAGAAGCAGAGCCUGGAAAAGCAGGCGUCGGUCGACAUCGACGCCGAUGACAAAUUCACCGUUUCGAUGGGGCGCGUUGUCGCUUCAUCGUCUUGCGACUCCGGCGACGGGCCGUUCCAAACCGUUUCGUCCUCAGCCGUUAUUUUCGCCGGCUCUGAUAACGACCGAAUCCGUGAUGGCGCUGCCGACGCGAGUGGGGAUGCGACUGGCCCGACUUUUGCUGGCGGCCAGUACCGUACGUAUCGGCGGCGGUGGUUCGGGCUUGUGGAGCUUGCGCUGUUGAAUGCCAUUGGCAGUUGGAAUUGGCUCACAUUUGCUCCUGUCGCCGACAAUGCGGCCAUGUACUUUGGCAAGAGCGAGACGGUGGUCAACUGGUUAAGUAUCGCUUCGCUCUUUGCCUUCACCUUCAUUACCCCCGUCGUCAUCUAUGUGCUGUACCUCGGGCCGAAGCACUCUAUGGUCACCGCGGCCAGCUUGUUUUUGGUCGGCAACUGGGUCCGUUUUGCAGGCGCUUACUUGUCCUCGGGAGGCCGAUUCGGCGUGGUCAUGCUCGGUCAGAUCUUGACGGGUCUCGGCCAGGCCUUUGUCCUGACUGCGCCGGCUCGGUACUCGGAUCUGUGGUUCACCCAUCGCGGUCGUGUGGCAGCUACAGCUGUCAUGAGUCUGGCUAACCCCCUCGGUGCCGCCCUGGGCCAGCUUAUCGUGCCUUUCUGGGUGAACAAACCGGGCGACGUGUCGCGCAUGGUGCUCUACGUUGCCAUAAUUUCGUCAGUCUGCUCGGUACCGGCUUUCUUCCUGCCAAAGGCCCCUCCAACCCCCGUGGCACCUUCGGCCGAGACUCCCAAGCUCUCUCUGCGCCAAUCGGCCCACGCCCUCUUCUCCCAUAUCGAGUUCUACUUGCUCUUCAUCCCUUUUUCCGUAUACGUGGGCCUCUUCAACUCGGUUUCCUCCCUUCUCAACCAGAUCAUGCUCCCUCACGGCUUCUCCGACGACGAAGCUGGCAUCGCUGGUGCCAUACUUAUCGUUGUCGGCCUCGUCUCUGCGGCGGUCACAUCCCCGAUCAUCGACCGUAACAAGUCAUACUUGCUUGCUAUCCGCAUCGCCGUGCCCAUCAUUGCCGCAUGCUACCUCGCUUUCGUGUGGAUGCCGGAGACGGGCCAUGUCGCCGGCCCGUAUGUGAUCAUGGGGCUACUGGGGGCGUCGUCCUUUUCACUUGUGCCGAUUGUGGUCGAGUUCUUGGUGGAAGUUACACACCCCGUGAGCCCGGCAGUCACGGGUUCGCUGGCUUGGAGUGGUGGUCAGGUGCUUGGCGCGAUCUUUAUCAUUAUUAGCGGAGGACCGCUGAAGGCUGGGCCGGACGCAGAUCCUCCCCAGCACAUGAAGAAUGCGUUAAUCUUUACGGCGGUGUUUGCGCUGGCCGCCAUGCCGUUCGCGCUGAGUCUGGGGUUGUUUGGCAGAAAGGAUAAGUUGACGCUGAGAAGGGUCCGAUCUGAUCAGGGAGUUGACACGCAGGGGGAUGAGGAGAAACGGUAA